UCACUCGAAAAUUUAUUUUUAUCAAUUCAUUAAUGUAAAAAUUGCAAAAAAUGGUUAAUCAUUUUCGAAAUAUUUGCUAGUAUUUGCGAUAACUAUUUGACCCAUUAGUAAAUUUUAGUACUAAUCAAUUUCAAAUAUGGGACGUUAUCAUAUAUGCUUAUGUGAUGACAUUAUUUUCAAACAACAAACAUUUUCUUCUUUCAUUCUACCCACAAUUUUCAUUUUCAUCUCAUUCGAACACAAACACACAAUUCUAAUCGCUUGUUCAUUAUCUAUACGUUAUCUAUAGUUUUUUCCACACGUCGUUGAUUAUAUGAUUUUACUGUUUUUGUAUAAGAAAAUUUUGUAGACGUCAUGAUGCUACAUUUUUAAUCACAUCAUUGGCCAGUCAGAAUUUAUUUUUACAUUAUAGAUACAUUAAUAAAAUGAAGACGAAACUUGAGUAAUACGCAUAUCAUUUUCGCUGUUCCAAUCAGUUAUCUACUUUUUUUAAUCGCAUAAUAUAUUUGUGGUUUUGCUUUGGAGAAAAUAAAUUUUUGAGAUUAUUCAUUUCAUGAAAGAUGAUGAUGCGACUCUCCUCUUUCGGAUUCAUGAAGUCCUGUAAGCGAUUCAUGCAAUUUGACACGGCCAAUAAAAUCGAAACUAAAAUCGAGAAAUCCAGAAAGUACCAGGAGAAUUUUGAACACAUGAAUACUCUGGUUGCAAAUUUGAAGAAACGGACAGCAGAUGCUUCACACGGAGGCAGUGUUAAAGACAUCAAACGACAUAUAUCAAACGGGAAACUUUUAGUGAGGCAUCGAAUUGAACGCCUAAUCGAUCAUGGUUCGCCUUUUCUCGAACUAAGCCCAUUGGCUGGGUAUAGACUCUAUGAUGAUAAUGAAAUAAACUGUGGUGGAAUUUUAACUGGAAUUGGGAGAAUUCAUGGCACUGAAUGUAUUGUUAUUGCAAAUGAUGCCACUGUCAAGGGUGGCACAUAUUAUCCCAUUACAGUUAAGAAGCAUUUACGUGCCCAGGAAAUUGCUUUAGAGAACAAUUUGCCUUGUAUUUAUUUGGUAGAUUCAGGAGGUGCAUUUUUACCUUUACAAUCGGAUGUGUUUCCGGACAAAACACAUUUUGGUCGAAUUUUUUAUAAUCAAGCUAAUAUGUCCGCACGGGGCAUCCCACAGAUAUCAGUUGUAAUGGGCAGUUGUACUGCCGGUGGAGCAUACAUUCCCGCCAUGGCUGACGAAAGUAUUAUUGUUAAAAAAAACGGGACUGUGUUUCUUGCUGGACCACCUCUCGUGAAAGCUGCUACAGGUGAAACGAUUUCUGCUGAAGACCUAGGUGGUGCAGAUCUUCAUUGCAAAAUUUCUGGUGUGACAGAUCACUAUGCAGUUGAUGAUGAGCAUGCUCUUUGCAUUGCCAAAAACGUUAUAGCAAAUUUGAAUAGAUCAACAACAAAAAGUAUCAAUAACUCCAUCAUCGAGGAGCCGUGCUAUGAUCCAAUUGAAAUGUAUGGAAUCGUCGAGUCUGACUUGACAAAAUUGUACGAUGUUCGAGAAAUAGUAGCGCGUAUUGUUGAUGGUAGUAGAUUCGAUGAAUUCAAAAGACUUUAUGGUGAGACACUUGUAUGUGGUUUUGCACGUAUUUAUGGACAACUGGUCGGAAUCGUUGGCAAUAAUGGAGUGAUACUUCCAGAUAGUGCUUUGAAGGGAGCCCAUUUCGUUCAGCUUUGCUGCCAGAGACAAAUUCCGAUUAUUUUUCUUCAAAACAUCACAGGGUUUAUGGUUGGUUCUCAAGCGGAAGCCAAUGGGAUAGCAAAAAACGGUGCCAAAAUGGUUACAGCGGUUGCCUGUGCAAAUGUACCAAAGAUAACCGUCAUAAUAGGAGGCUCAUACGGUGCAGGAAAUUAUGGCAUGUGUGGACGUGCAUAUUCACCACGUUUUCUCUUUACGUGGCCAAAUUCUCGAAUUUCUGUAAUGGGAGGAGCACAGGCGGCAAACGUUCUAGUUCAAAUAGCAGAAGAUCAAAACAAACGUUCCGGUGAAUCCAACUCAUGGAGUGAGGAAAAAGCGAACCAAAUUAUAAAACCCAUUAUUGACCAAUUCGAGAAGGAAGGAUCACCGUACUAUAGUACAGCACGUUUGUGGGAUGACGGCAUUAUUGAUCCUGCGGAUACUAGAAGAAUUCUGGGACUAAGUUUACAAGUAGUGAAGAACAGCAGCAUUAGUGAAACGAAGUUCGGUGUGUUUCGAAUGUAGCAAAUAAAUAUCUUAAUAAAAUAUUUUUUACUUUUUUUAUGCAAA